UACCCUCAUAUAUUGCCACAUUCUUGCAUCUCUAAGUACAGUAUAUAAACGUUCGUCAAUUAAAAACCUGCAUCAGUCAGUGCAGCGAGAUAGUCGCUAGAACUAAAUAAGUGAUUCAUCCCAACAAAACGUUUAUUCGUUAUUAAAAAAGUGUAGUAGUGUCAGUGAAUCAGUUCAAAGAGAAUCAUGGCAGCGUUAUUAAGGGUAGCCCCGUUGCUAGCAGCACUGAUAGUGGUGGAAUGUAUGGAGGAAAGGAGUAGCAUGUACAUGAAGAACGCCGGCUCUGAAGACAUGGAGACGUCAGGGACGGGAUACGACUAUCAAGUGAACUCUGGAACGCCCUUCUACUCCAAUUACGAGACUGACUCCUCAGGGAAGUUCAACAAUUUUGCGUAUCCACCCGCGGCUUAUGGGCAGUAUAAGUACAACCGCUUGCCUCUGGAGUCUAUUCCGCUGUCGCAGAAUUUCAUUCCCAAGCAUUACGAUAAACUGGUGAACUCGUACGGGGUCCCUCUCAGCUAUGCGGCUUAUGUGGAGCCUGUCAAGGGAUACGAAGCCUUUUUGGGUUCGGCGAAAACAGGUUUGCCAGAGACUCUCAACUACGCCCUAGACGCGAAGAACUUUUUGAAAAGCGGCGGCUCAGCCUUCGAAGAUGCGCAGAAAGCAGUCCGAGGAGAAAAAGGGGAAAGGUCUUACUUAAACCAAGACGCCUUCGAGAAAGGUCUAAAAGGAGUCCACGAAAACGAGCAGAAUAAGGGCUUCCUGAACAAAGCAGGGGGCCUCCAAAUCGGCGCCUACGACGUAGCCGCCCAUUACGGCAAUAACAACCAGAAGGGCAACGCCCACAAGGGAGAAUCCUUCGCAGCAAAAAAGGACCAUAAAAAGGACUCGAAAACUACUGGCUACCACAACGUCUUCCACAAAGAUGAGUACAAGAAAGACCAUAGUUUCUACGACAAGGCUGACAAGAAUGGUAACUUUAGGAGGUACGGAGAUUAUGACGCUAAAAAAGGAGCCAAGGAGGGUUCGUUUAAGAAAGGGGGGCAUCACGAUAGUGGAUUCAAAGAAGGGGAUUAUGGAGUUAAGGGAUUUUCGGAUAAGGGCAAAUAUCUUGACGAGGACCAGGGUUUCAAAAAGGCGGCGGGAUAUGAUAAGUUUUAUCAGAAUAAUGCUGAGUUUGCCAAGAAGGGCGGCAGCGCUUUUGGCAAGCAAGAAGGUUAUCAGGAUGGCGAUAAGUUCCUUGCUGGCGGACGUUAA